CAUCACUCCAAGAAGAGCAAGUCAACGCCCUCGGUUUCCAAGGACAUCAACAAAGAAGGUAUGAUCCUUUCUCAAAUUCUUAUAAUCCGGGAUUGAGGGAUCAUCCAAAUUUGAGAUAUGGGAACCCUCAACAAGCCAACUCAUCUUCUCAACCACACUUCAACACCCAAGGUUCAAAUUCUCAAUCUAAUAUGUCAACUGAUGACAUGAUCCGAACUUUGACCUCAAACAUGGUUGCCAUGCAACAAAACAUGGGAGAAUUUCAACAAACCAUGAUUCAAUUUCAACAUGAGACAAAGUCAAGCAUUCAUAAUUUGGAAACACAAGUCAGCCAAAUUUCAAAUGUUGUGAGCCGACUGGAAGCAAAGGACUCGGGUAAACUCUCAUCUCAAACGGAGCAAAACCCGAGACAACAUGUGAAUGCAAUCAUGUUGAAGGAGGUGGAAAAUAACGAUCAAGAGAUUGAUGAGGUUGAUCAUGAAGAGGAAACUCACUCUGAGAAGGGAAUCACAAAGGCAAAACUUCCUCCACCUUCAUCAUAUGAACUAGUGGCCCCAUUCCCCGAGGCAUUGAGGGAGACAAGGAAUCUUGACAAAGAUGCUGACAUCUAUGAGACUUUCGCCAAGUGUGAGGUAAACAUUCCGCUCCUUAAUUCAAUUAAAAGUGUUCCCCGUUUUGCUAAAUUUUUAAAAGAAUUAUGCAAAACAAAAACAAAAAAUAAAUUGAAAGAAAAACAAGAAGUCAAUGUUAGUGAACAUGUAUCGGCUCUAUUUCAAAAGAAACUUCCCGAAAAAUGUAGCGACCCGGGCAUGUUCACUAUCCCUUGCAAGAUAGGAAGCACCACAUUUUCUAAAGCCUUGUUGGAUUUAGGGGCAUCUAUAAAUGUCAUUCCUUACUCUGUUUAUAAGUCCCUACAACUCGGUCCACUACAUCAAACCAAUGUAGUGAUUCAACUAGCGGAUCGUUCUACUACUUACCCGAAGGGUGUGAUAGAAGAUGUGCUAGUAGAAGUAGAAAAUAUGGUUUUCCCUGUCGACUUCUAUGUCCUUGAAAUGGGCGAUACUGAUCAAGCAACACCCAUCCUUUUGGGUAGACCCUUCUUAAAAACUGCAAAAACUAAAAUUGAUGUGUCUAGUGGUUCAUUAACUUUAGAGUUCGAUGACCAAAAAGUAGAGUUCAAUAUCUUUGACUCUACAAAAAAACAAAUUAAAGAUCAGUCUCUUUGCUCUUUAAAUAUUUUUGAAUCACAAGAACCAAAGUUUUUGAAGGAGUCUGUUAAAAUCCCAAUUUUUCAAGAAGACGAGGGAACUAAGCAUGGGGAAUCAUCUGCGGUUGAAAGGGAGUUAUCAACUUAUCAACCAAUACCACCUGCGGUUGAGGGGGUAAUGAGAGCGAAAGUUCGACCUUACUGGAAAAGGUCGAAAAAUAAAAUUGAAACACGGCCAAACAGGGCCUUGAAGCAGGAGAAAAGGGAUGUUCAUGAUCCCACUUAAAAUGAAAAAUAAAAAAAAUAAAAACGUCGUGCCGCGACGUUAACUAAGGCGCUUCUUGGGAGGCAACCCAAGCCAAGGUACGCAUUUUUUAAUUUUUCUUUUCAAAUUCUUGUUUUCGAAUGUCAACUUUGAGAGAACGGGAGGAAAAUUCUCAAAAGAAGAUAAGGGAAAAUCAGGUUUUCAAAGCCUGGAAAAACCUCCGAUCGGGCAUAAUCACUUACCCGGUCUGAUCCAUGCCAAAAAUGAACGAAAUCAAACUCCAGGGUGAAGUACCCGGUCGGGUAACGACACCCCACCCGGUCGGGUACCUCUUAUUAAAGCAUUUCUUGGGUCACGUACCCGAUACCCGAUCGAGGGCAGGUUUAAAAAUCAACAGAUACCCGAUCGGGUAUACCUUGAACCCGGUCGGGUAUAUUUUAAGAAAAUGGCUGGAAUUUAGUUCGUCGCAAAUUACCCGAUCGAGUACACCCAAUACUCGACCGGGUACGCCACCCCUGGAGCAUUUUUUGAAAAAACAGCGAAAUACCCGAUCGGGUACACCCAUAUACCCGGUCGGGUGAAUUAAUUUUAAAGGCUGGAAAUUUCCACGGCGCAUUUUACCCGAUCGCGUAACACCCCUACUCGAUCGGGCCCGACUCCGGAACAAGAGCAAAAACGACCAUACUCGAUCGGGUAUGUCGGGCUACCCGGUCGGGUACACAAGUUUUGAACCCAAUCCGAACGCCCAAAAUCAGUCAUCUUCCCCAAAUUCCUCCCCAAAUUCAAACCUCCUCUCUAAAAACCCUCCAUUCCCAAACCUUAUUUCUUCAAUUACACCCUCAUUACUCACCCAAAUCCACCCAAACCACCACCAAAACACUCCCCUUACUCUCCUCUACAAUCCAACACCCAAAAAAACUUCAUCUCCCUACAUAUUUACACAAACCCGAAACCCUACCCCCGAAAUCCGAAUUCAAGUUCCAAAAAUACUAUCAAUGGCACCAAAGAGGGAUAGGGCCGAAAGUUCAAAUGCAAAGGGACAAUUCAAGGCUACGAGGAUGUCCGUUUCAGCCCGGUCAUGACGGAGACGAGCACUAGGGACAGUGCUUCGAGCUAAGUGAGGGGGAGUCACUCAUUGAUACGUACUUAAGUUGAUACCUUGUAACUGGCAUUAUUUUCUUCACAAAAAAAAAGUAAGAAAAAAAAAAAGAAAACAAAAAAAAAAAAAAAAAAGAAAUGCUAGUUAGGUUGAAAACCCAAAAAUGGGCAAUCUAAGCAAAAAGGGCUUAUAAAAAUGAGUGAGUGGAAAGGAUGGAAAAAUAAAAAGAGUUGCUAGGAUCAAAACCUGAAAAGGCUCCUAGGCAAAAUGAGAGAUAUGAGAGAUAUAUUUGUUUUUACAGGACAUCAUUUAAUCUCUUGAACAUGAAAAGAGGAGAAGAAAAGAGAUGAGCAUAGAAGGCCAUGAAACCCAAGAAGAUAUUGUUCUCUGAGCUAAACACUCAAUGUAAAACUCAAGUUUUAUCCUUGGUGGUCUUUUGCUUCUUCUUGCUGAUUGUUAAACUCUUGAGGACUUGGAACUAUUAAACAUUUGACUUUACUCGAGGACGAGUAAAGAAGCUAAGUGUGGGGGAGUUGAUAUUCAUGUAAUUUCCGAUUGUAUGUUUUUAUUUUUAACUAGUUUUUAUUAGUUCUAGUUGUGAAAAUUACACACUUUUGGUGUAAUACUUUAUUUUCAUUUUUUAUUUGUAAUUUAGUUAGAUUAGGAUUUUUCUGAGCUAAACAGGUCAAAAAUCAUCCAAGGGAUCAAGAUUGGACCUUAAAAGAUCAAGGAAAGUGCAAGGAGGCAAGAAAGAUUUUGAUUUGGAAAAAAUACUCAUGUACCCGGUCGGGUAUUGCCUAUACCCGAUCGGGUAAUUGCUUGAUUCGACUGUCCAAAUCAAAUCCGAAGACAAAUGAUCGUGGGAGCAAAUUUUCAUAAAGAUUUGUCACAUACCCGAUCGGGUAUAUACCCUUACCCGAUCGGGUAUGCCCAGAAAAGUGGCUUUCUGGGCAAUUUCCUAAGAUACCCGGUCGGGUAUCCUAUAUACCCGGUCGGGUAUCAGACCCUGCAGCUCCCAAAAGCCUAUAAAUACACCCCUUUCCUUCACAAUAAAAUCACCAAUUCACAUAUACUCUUUAGCUCAGUUUAGAUUAGUGUUUUCUUUAUAUUUUCUAUCAUGUUUAGUCUCCAAAUGAGGAGCUAAACUCUUCCAUCUUGGUUUUGCUACUUUGAAGCUUAAUGAAUUUGUAAGUUGUGAGUUAUUCUUUUUAAUCUUCUUCCUUGAAUAUUAAUUCUUCCUUUAAAUACUAUUUCUAUAUCAAUGUUGGGGAGUGUUACUAAGAUGACAAUUAGUUAACAUCUUGACAUUAAUUAUAGUAAUAGCUAUUUCUUCCUCUAUGUUAAUAUUGGGGAGUGUUACUAAGAUGACAAUUAGUUAACAUCUUGAUAUUAACUAUAGUA